CUCGCAGCAAUAAAUUGCGCUCCCCCCUCUUGCCUCGAGCUAAUCCUGUGUUCUCCAAUCCCGCGACUCCUCACCGCAGACUCUCUAGACGUCACUUCUCGAGCUCUCCAACCACAACCACAAUGCCUGUCGGAACUGUCCUCGUCACCGGUGGAACGGGCUACAUCGGCUCCUUCACGACUCUGGCCCUGCUGGACGCCGGCUACGAUGUCGUCAUUGUCGACAGCCUCUACAACUCCUCCAAGGUCGCCCUCGACCGCAUCGAGCUGCUGGCUGGCCGCCGUCCCGACUUCUACCAGAUUGACAUCACCGACGAAAAGGCUCUGGACGAGGUGUUUGCCAAGCACCCCUCCAUCGACAGCGUCAUCCACUUUGCCGCAUUGAAGGCCGUCGGAGAGUCUUCCGUGAUCCCUCUCGAGUACUACCGCGUCAAUGUCGGCGGCAGCAUUGCCCUCCUCCAGUCCAUGUCCCGCAACAAUGUCACCAACAUCGUCUUCUCCUCCUCCGCCACCGUCUACGGCGAUGCUACUCGAUUCCCCAACAUGAUUCCCAUCCCCGAGCACUGCCCCAUUGGCCCGACCAACACUUACGGCCGCACAAAGUCCAUGAUUGAGGACGUCAUCUCCGACUACAUCAAUGCUCAGCGCAACAACCUGGAGAAGGAGGGCAAGCCUUUCCAGCAGUGGAAUGGCGCUCUGCUGCGCUACUUCAACCCCUGCGGUGCCCACCCCAGCGGUAUCAUGGGCGAGGAUCCUCAGGGUGUUCCUUUCAACCUGCUCCCCCUGCUGGGACAGGUUGCCACAGGCCAGCGCGAGAAGCUCCUUGUCUACGGAGAGGACUACCCUUCUCGCGACGGAACCGCCAUCCGAGACUACAUUCACGUUGUCGAUCUUGCUCGAGGCCACUUGGUCGCUCUCAACUACCUCCGCGCCAACCAGCCCGGUGUCAAGGCCUGGAACUUGGGUUCUGGUCGUGGCAGCACUGUCUUCGAGAUCGUCAAGGCAUUCAGCGCCGUCGUUGGUCGCGAUUUGAAAUACGAGGUCGUUGCCCGCAGAGCCGGCGAUGUCCUAGACUUGACUGCCAACCCCACUCUGGCCAACACCGAGCUGAACUGGAAGACUGAGCUCACCAUGGAGAAGGCCUGCGAGGACCUCUGGCGGUGGGUCAGCAACAACCCCCAGGGAUACCGACAGGAGCCCCCGGCUGAGUUGUUGGCUGCUGUCAAGAAGGCGUAAAGAAAAAAAUGAAAUGAAAAUCUAAAUGAAAUGUUAUAGCGAAACAAAGACGCGGAAGAGAAGAGUUGGAUGAAAAGCUUAAAAUAGACAUGAAUAAUCGAUUUGGAAUGUCGCCAAGAGGAGCGUUAUUUACAAAAUUGGAUUUGAACAAAGAAUUCCCCCGUGUUUCACGAUAGAAUGAAGGAAGAGAAAAGAACAGAAAAUUAAUUACGAAAAAAUAUACUCAAUUAGUAAACAGACAA